AAGGGAUUUUUUUUUUUCUGGUCACUUGGCUAAAAGUGCAUGUGAGCAAGAAGUUGUCCCUGCCCUAAAGGGGGAGAGAACACUAGCAAAGUUAUAGAGGAGAAACGAAAACUUCAAGAACUUGCACAAGCAGUGAGGAAGAGUGUGAAAGGGUGAAAAGGCUCAGUUUAAGAAAAAAAAGAAAGGAAAAAAAAAACAAAAAAAGAUUAAAGCAACAUAGAAGGGAAGACAGGAUCCCGUGAGAGAAGUGGGAGGAAAAUCAGACUACAGGAAAACUUUAAGGAUAAAAAAGUUUAUUGAGUAAGUAGGAAUCUUAAUUUGGGGAAUUCAAAAGGGCAGUUUAGGGGGUAUGGACAGGGAGCUUGGCCUAGACAAGCCAGGACCCCCUAACACAAUGCGCAUCUUGGAGACUCCAGAACUUGCCCACAGCAGGAAAAACUUUAGCGUCAGUCACCUCUUGGACUUAGAAGAAGCGGCGGCCGCUGGGAUGCAAGGACCAAGAGAUCUCAGGCCACCCAAUGAGGAUGAGGACAAAGAGCCGGUGUCGGGAGGAAGCAGUGACAGCGAAGUGACAAUCCAGGAAGGUGGAAGCCCUAAUCUUGGCUGUACGAAAAAUGCCCGGAAAAAGAAACAGAGGAGGAACAGAACAACAUUUAACAGCAACCAACUGCAGGCUCUGGAGAGGGUAUUUGAGAGGACACACUAUCCUGAUGCCUUUGUCCGAGAGGAUUUGGCACGGAGGGUUAACCUGAGUGAAGCCAGGGUACAGGUCUGGUUUCAAAACCGAAGAGCCAAGUUCCGCAGGAACGAGAGAGCCUUGCUUGCCAGUCGGUCGUCUUCUCUCUUGAAGUCUUACAGCCCUGACAUUGUUGUGGAGCAGCAAGUUACCCCCAGAUCUGCCACCUUGACGCCGGAAUACCUGUCCUGGAAUUCUAACAGCAGCUACAGCAAUGCCAGCUUGCCACCCUACAGCCCAACAACCACUGCUACCACAACGGUGCCCACACAGGGGGUGAACAUGGCGGACAGCAUUGCCAGCUUGCGCCUUAAAGCCAAGGAGUUCAGCCUGCAUCAAAGCCAGGUGUCUACAGUGAACUGAGACAAAGGUCCAAAGGACUGAAGACUGUGCUAGUGCAAGACACAUGCACGACUUGUGCAAGUCACACCUCUGCUGAGCCCCUGAACACCAGGGGGCAGCACUACACGGAGCCAUGUCUAAUAUGGCUCGUUUACCACUUCCAAACUGCCGAUACUGCAAACAUGCUGCAAUACAGACUGAUUUGGCAAUCUAGCAUCAUGGGCCAUGUUUCAUGAACCGAUUAAUAGGAUAAAGGACUGAAUUUUAACUUUCCCCUUAAAGAGACUGAAAAAUAAUUCAACAUUUUGGAUUUCUGGUUCAGCUUUUCCCAAUCUUCUUGUUUACAUAGUAUGACUUCUCCCCUUCCCAAAAACCUUGUUUACAGACAUUGAUCCCCAUUACACGUCUUUCCAGUCAUGUUAGUAUGACCUUCUUCCUAUUCCUAAUCUCUGCUUAGAUUGUCGUCGUCCCCACCCCACCACCACCACCACCAUCACUAAUAAUCCCAGUUUAUGUAGUCAUCCUGUGUACAAUCUCUUACUGGGCCCAUAUUGAAUUGAUAUUAGUUUCUACAGUUUAAUCCCCUCCAUGUUUCUUCUUUAAUGGCGUAUUCUUUUUUCUAAUUCAUAUCCCAAUCCCAGUUUACAUUGCCUGAACCCUCCCUACGCUUGUUGGACAAUUUACAUAGUCUAAAACUGUUCCUUUCUCUUGCUAAGCCCACAUCCGAUAUCCUGAAACCAUCCUAUUUCUUCCUCGCCCCAGUUUAGUCGGAACCCUUCCCUUUGCUUCCAAAUCCCAGUUUACAUAUUCCAAACCUGCUCCAUGUUUUAACAAUCUAUGCUUUUCUUUCCAAACCCACGUUAUACAGUCUCAGCUCACCCCUUUUCUUACCCAGCCUCGGUUUAUAGUCUAAUCCCAUCCCUAGUCUCCUCUCAUUCCAGGUUUAUAUAUUUUGAACAUGCCACGUUCUGUCUCCAAUCCCAGAUUACAAUAGUUUGUAACUGCCCCUUAUCUCGUCCCUGUCCCAAAGCAUCUCUCCUUUCAAUCCUUGUUUACAUGUUUCGGAUUAAGUCUUUACAUUUGUCAUAAAAUCUGUGUUUCCAGUUAUGUAGGUACUCACUGUGUAUAUAUAAAUAUGUACAUACCAUGCUGUACUUUGUAAAUACGUCCUGCCUUAUUACUCUUGGGAGACAUAUUAUUUGCAGUUAUAGGAUUUGCUGCUGUUCUGGUUUCCUACGAAGCAAGCAUUUACCAAUAGGGGAUACUUUGUAAUAAAUUCUUUUAGUGGAA